AUGGCGGAGAAGGUGACAGUGAGCAUAAAAGAGUCCACGAUGGUGAAGCCAGCAGAGGAGUCGACGCCCCGAGGCUCGCUAUUAAGCGGUGACGAGAACUUCUUUGACCUAGUAGUGCUCAAGCAAGCCCUCAGCAAGGCCCUUGUGCUCUUCUACCCCAUGGCCGGUCGCUACAAGCUCAACGACCAGAAUGGCCGUAUGGAGAUUGAUUGCAAUGCGGAGGGAGUGCUCUUUGUUGUAGCGGAGAGCAUCUCUGCCAUUGAUGAUUUUGGUGAUUUUGUGCUCAACCCCAAUCUUCGUGAGCUCAUCCCCGGUGUUGAUUACGCUGGUGGGAUAUCCUCAUUUCGCAUUUUUGCGUUACAGGUUGGUUAUAUUAUCUCCCUUCUACAACUUGCCCUCGCUCCCUCUGAAAUAGACGAUCGAGAGAGAAAGCCUGCAGCCGAAAACCUAAAGAACCAAAAUUUGCAAUCCACUUCUGCAGCUCGCAUAUUGGCUGAGUAA